AUGAGCAGGUGUGGGGACCGGGCCGAGCUGAGCCGGUCCGUGCUCGGCUCUAAACCUCUGAAAAUCUGGAGGCCAGACCGACUGGACCAGGCCUCAGACUGGACCAGGCCUCAGACUGGACCAGGCCAGACCGACUGGACCAGGCCUCAGACUGAACCAGGACUCAGACUGGACCAGGCCUCAGACUGGACCAGGCCUCAGACUGGACCAGGCCAGACCGACUGGACCAGGCCUCAGACUGAACCAGGACUCAGACUGGACCAGGCCUGA